AUGAUUGAAGUUCUCGAAACUCUGGGGUUGCAAACUGAAGACGAAAUAGCGCUUCUGAAUUUUAACUCAUAUUUGCAAAUUCCUUCCGUACAACCGAAUGUUAACUACGACACCUGCGUGGAAUUUCUUGGAACGAUGGCCGAAAGUUUGCAGCUACCUAUGCAAGUACUCAAUUUAGUGGAAGGCAAACCCAUUGUUUUGAUGACUUGGAUGGGAACCGAACCGGCUCUUCCAGCAAUACUCCUCAACAGCCACAUAGACGUUUCACCCGUUGUUAUAAGCGAAUGGUCUCACAACCCCUUUGCUGUCGAAAUUGAAGAUCAAAAUAUUUACGCUAGGGGCGCCCAAGAUUCGAAAUGUAUCGGCAUUCAAUAUCUUGAAGCUGUGAGACGCUUGAAAAGAUCCAAAACGGUUUUAAAACGAACGAUCUAUUUGAGUUAUAUGCCAGGUAAAACACGAUUUUUUCUGACAUGUUGA